AUGUUCGGAGCUUUCAGAAAUGCCAGCAAGCUGGUUAGAAUCUUUGCUGUUGGAGGGAGCACUGUUGCAAUAGGUGCCGCCACCUUUAUGUACAAAGAACAACUAUCUGUCCAUGCUCGCUUGGGUACAACUAAUGUCCAUCUGAGGUACCCAGCUAGUGCUAACUUCCCAGAUCUUAGCAAGCACAACAACUUGAUGGCAAAGUUUUUAACCCCUGAGAUCUAUGCCAAGCUCCGUGCCAAGACGACCCCAAAUGGCUGGACUCUGGACGGAUGCAUUCAAACUGGAGUGGACAACCCCGGACAUCCGUUCAUCUCCACUGUUGGAGCUGUGGCUGGUGAUGAGGAGUCAUAUGAGGUCUUCAAGGAUUUGUUUGACCCAAUCAUUGCAGCUCGGCACAAUGGCUACAAGCCAACCGACAAGCAUCCCACAGACUUGGACCAUACCAAGAUCAAGGGUGGAGAAUUUGACUCCAAAUAUGUCCUCUCCAGUCGUGUUCGUACCGGACGUUCCAUUCGUGGCUUGAGCCUCCCGCCAGCAUGCACCCGGGCUGAGAGGCGCGAGGUCGAGAGAGUAACAGUCAAUGCCCUGAAGAAGCUUCCUGACGAGUUCAAGGGGAAGUACUACCCACUGGAUAACAUGACUGACGGAGAGCAAGAACAACUCAUUGCUGAUCAUUUCCUGUUUGACAAGCCAGUGUCUCCACUCUUGUGCUGUGCUGGCAUGGCCCGCGACUGGCCAGACGGCCGAGGUAUCUUCCACAACGAAGGCAAGAACUUCCUCCUCUGGAUCAACGAGGAGGACCACACCCGCGUCAUCUCGAUGGAGAAGGGCGGCAACAUGAGAGCUGUCUUUGAACGAUUCUGCAAAGGCCUGAAUCUUGUUGAGCAGAACAUCAAGGCCGCUGGCUGGGAGUUCAUGUGGAAUGAACACCUUGGAUACAUCCUGACCUGCCCAAGCAACUUGGGAACUGGUCUUAGAGCUGGUGUUCAUGUCAAGAUCCCCCAUUUGAGUCAGGAUAAGCGAUUCGACAGCAUCCUUGACGCCUUGAACUUGCAGAAGCGUGGCACAGGAGGGGUAGACACUGCAGCUGUUGGAGACACCUUUGAUAUCUCAAACAAUGAUCGGCUUGGAAAGUCCGAGGUUCAACUUGUCCAGUCAGUCAUCGAUGGCAUUGACCUCCUCAUCCAGAUGGAGAAAGUCCUUGAAAAGGGCAAAUCUAUCAACGGCAUGAUCCCCAAGUAG